AUGACCUUGGUACUGGCAUUUUGUCCACUGGGAAUCUUGUUAACUGGGGGAAUAGUCUAAAUGUCAUUUGGUUUCUGCCAAAUUGUCACUGUUGAACUUUAUUUGUUUUCUCAGGUGACGUGGAUGUUUCUACAUUAUUUUAAUUAUAUUUGCGUGUGAACUGUAAACUAUUCAACGUUCAAGAUAUUUGCUGUGAUAGAAAGCGUGUAACAAUUCGCGAUAAAAUGGCACUCAUGACGAUGAUUGCCAGGUUUGUGGAUGGUCUUCCUCUAGUGGGAACUAUGCAGGAAGAUGAACAGGUAAAGAAUGCGAUGCGAUCCUUCCUUAACACAUAUUUACUUACUAUUUAUGAUAUUCGGCAGUCCGGUCGAAGUAUAUUAGAAUAUCAGAAUCAGGCUAAAUUGUUGUUUCGGAAACUAGGACCUAACUCCCCAACCCGAUGCAGCAUAGAAACCGGACCUUAUUUAUUUCAUUAUUUAAUUGAGCACGAUGUUUGCUAUUUGGUUAUGUGCGACAAGAUGUUUUCAAAACGGAUUGCCUUCAACUAUCUGGAGGACAUUGCACAGGAAUUUCACAAUAAUUAUGGUCGGCGAGUGAACACAGUAACGCGACCGUAUGCUUUUAUUGAGUUCGAUAUCUAUAUUCAGAAAGCACGGAAGACUUUAACCGAUCGCCGAAGAAACAUCAAUACAAUCAAUAAUCAACUCCAAGACGUGCAACGGAUUAUGGUUCAAAAUAUUGAUGAUGUUUUGCAGCGCGGUACGGUUUUGUCUGAACUGGAUACCAAAACUCAAAACCUAUCGAUGCUUUCCCAAAAGUAUAAGAAGGACGCCUCGUAUUUAAAUCGUAAAUCACUGUACGUUAAAGGAGCGGUUGCGGGCAUAAUUUUAAUUGUAUUUGUGUUAUAUUUUUGGGUUAUUUAAUAGCAAAUUUGUUACAAUAUAGAUGACAGAUUUCGGAAUGGAUAAUACAGUGAUAUACAAUGGAUGUUAAAAACAAA